AUGGACGAAGAAUCGCCAACCACCACCCCACUCCUCCACCACCGCCGUCAGUGGUGGCGUCAAAUCCCAUCCAACGCCACCUCCUCCCUCUGCCUCCACAAAACCACCUUAUGGUCAGAACUCGGCGGUUCAGUCGGCGACCUCGGCACCUACAUCCCGAUCGUCCUAGCCCUCACCCUCGUCUCGAACCUCGAUCUCGGCACCACCCUCAUCUUCACCGCUUUAUACAACAUCGCCACCGGCCUUCUAUUUGGCAUCCCGAUGCCUGUGCAACCCAUGAAGUCCAUCGCCGCCGUCGCUAUCUCCGAAUCCCCACUUCUCACUCUCUCCCAAAUCGCCGCCGCCGGAAUCUGCACCGCCUCCGUCCUCCUCUUCCUCGGUGCCACCGGUCUCAUGUCCUUCCUCUACCGCUUCAUCCCUCUUCCAGUAGUCCGCGGUGUACAGCUCUCUCAAGGUCUCUCGUUCGCCUUCACUGCUAUUAAAUACGUUCGAUAUAACCAAGAUUUCGCCGGAAACAAACAGGGCGGUUCCCGAUCGUGGCUGGGCCUCGAUGGUCUUAUUGUAGCGCUUUCUUCGAUCGUCUUCCUAAUCAUCACCACCGGCUCAGGAGAAACCUAUCAGAACAGGGAAACUGUUGCCGGAAAACGACGGGUCCGCCGGAGGCUUCAGAUACUUUCAUCCAUUCCUGCUGCUUUGAUCGUCUUUUUGAUCGGAAUAAUACUUUGUUUCGUUAUAGACCCGACGAUCAUCAACGACCUCCAGUUAGGUCCUUCGAAGUUUCACGUUUUGAAGAUCACCUGGGACGAUAUGAAAACCGGGUUUCUCCGGGCGGCGGUGCCUCAAAUCCCGUUAUCCGUGUUGAAUUCGGUGAUUGCGGUGUGUAAACUCUCCGACGACUUGUUCCCGGAGCAUGAAGCAUCGGUUACCGCCGUAUCAAUGAGUGUGGGACUAAUGAAUCUAGUGGGUUGUUGGUUCGGGGCAAUGCCGGUGUGUCACGGAGCCGGUGGAUUAGCCGGUCAGUACCGAUUCGGCGGCCGUACCGGAGCUUCGGUCGUGCUAUUAGGAGCCGGGAAAUUAGUGCUCGGAUUGUUAUUCGGGAACUCGUUUGUUAGAAUCUUGAACCAGUUCCCGGUCGGGAUUUUAGGGGCAUUACUUUUGUUUGCAGGAAUAGAGUUAGCGAUGGCGUCGAAGGAUAUGCAUACGAAAGAAGAGUCAUUUGUAAUGCUCGUUUGUGCGGCUAUAUCGCUCACGGGGUCGAGUGCCGCAUUAGGGUUUGUAUGCGGGAUCGUGUUAUUUCUGUUGUUGAAAUUACGAGAGGUCGAAUGUGGUCCCGAUGUCGAUGAGUAGACGGUUCGAGCUCGAUAUCGUCAAUUAUAUAUGAUGCAAAUCGAAGCUUGGUUUAGAUGCAUAUCUAGUUUGUAUAGUUUAGAAGCGUGCUACGACCAAAUGGAUAUUGAAUGAAAAUUUCUUGAGUUCUAUUA